AUGGAUCUCCAUCCGAUAGAUCUCGGCAACGCCGGUCUCGAUCUCGACACCCUCAAACUCACCGUCGAGCUUUACCUGCAAGAUCUCCACGAGCUCCAGGCAGCAGCCAAAGGAAAAGGAAAACGCCGAGAGGGCGAGACGACAGAUCUCGAGAUGGCUAUUGCGACCUAUGAGGCAGAACUGGCUUCUGUCAACCAGCAUCUCGCCGACCGCGCCAUGUGCGCGAGCAUCGCCGACGCCGUUCGCCAGGAUGCCAUCGCUAUCUCCGAGGCCGUCCAGGCCGAGGAACAAGCAAGACAAGACCGCCAGAUGGCCUGCUCGCUGGGUGGCGUUCCUACCUCUACCCAGCAUGCAGCUAGGCCUUCGAGUCCCGCAUUCUCCAUCAUCACGGAACCGUUUGAGAACGACUUCAUUGAUAAGCUGAGCGCCCUGUACAUCUCUGAUCCGGAUGGAGAAGGCGCAGCCGAAUCUUCUGCAUGGGCCGCUAGCCGCCGUCCGCGCUCAACCACUCCAGGCCCCCCGAGACCAGAUACUCCGGCCAUGAGACAGUGUGUGAUGUGUAGGGAUGACUUUCGCUUUUAUCGGAUGGCUACCUUUCCAUGCCAGCAUCACAUGUGCCAGGGCUGUUUAGUCGAACUCUUCACCCGCCUGUUGACAGAUCAGACACUGUUUCCUCCUCGGUGCUGCCGUGAGCCGAUCGCGUUGGACAAGGCUCGCUUCUUGCUUGGUCCAGAACUGGUCGGGAGGUUCUUGGCCAAGAAGAUUGAGUACGAAACAUCCAACCCGACUUACUGCUCCCAGCCUACUUGCUCUCAGUUCAUACCGCCGCAUGGUAUCACCAAUGAUAAUGGUGGAGUUGAACUAUGGCUGCAACCACAUUAUGAGGAGGCUCUCAUGGCUCAAGCCAACAGACACGUCAAUCGAGAUGCGGGAGCUGGGCGACUCCCAGAGCCAGUGAGGCAGCAACGAGUAGCGGCAGCUGCGCAGCACUUGCUCGAGAAUCACGAGUGUGCUCACGCCAGAUGGAAAGGGCGAGGAGGGAGGUUCCAAUGCGAAGAAUGUCACGACUGGCUACCUCAAUUCAUUUAUGAAUGCCAGCAGUGUCGCUUGCUUGCCUGCAGGAGAUGUCGCUUCAACCGUCUUUGA